GAGAAGAAAAAAUUUAUCAUUCUCUGGUGCUAAAAGUCCAGCCUCUUCCUUCGUGCUUCUUCUUCUUCCUCUCGUCUCUCUCUCUCUCUCUCUUUCUCUCUCUCUGUGAUUCGCAAAAAUAUGCAAAGACGCACCUUAUACGCAUGGGGAGUGGCGAUUCUUUGCUUCGUAGUAUUGAUGAUUGUCACUCCGGCCAUUCCUCAGUCUGAAGAAUACCACGAUUUCGCUGAUCAACGCGAAUUCUUUGGAAUACCCAAUACUCUGAAUGUGAUUUCGAAUUUUCCUUUCCUCGUUAUUGGUGUGAUUGGACUUGUGCUUUGCUAUCAUGGGAAUUAUUUUAAGCUGAGCCUGCAAGGUGAGCUUUGGGGUUGGACAUGCUUUUUCCUUGGUGUGGCGGCUGUUGCUUUUGGCUCUGGAUACUACCAUCUCAAGCCUAAUGAUGCACGCCUUGUGUGGGAUCGUCUGCCAAUGACGGUUGCAUUCACGUCAAUUAUUGCUAUUUUUAUCAUUGAAAGGAUUGAUGAGAGAAAAGGCACAAUAUCCAUCUUACCUUUAAUAUUGGCUGGUAUUAUAAGCAUUGCAUAUUGGAGGUUCUUUGAUGACCUCCGCCCAUAUGCUCUAGUUCAGUUUGUUCCUUGCAUUGCCAUUCCACUAAUGGCUAUCUUGUUGCCUCCCAUUUACACCCAUUCUGCAUAUUGGCUUUGGGCAGCAGGAUUUUAUCUUUUAGCUAAGGUGGAAGAAGCGACGGAUAAACCAAUUUAUAGAUGGACUCAUCAUUUUGUCAGUGGGCACACCCUCAAGCAUUUAUGUGCUGCAAUGGUUCCUGUCUUCUUGACACUUAUGCUUGCAAAGAGGAGUAUUGAAACACACAGAAUAAGUCUCUACAAGAAAUGGAAGAUUUCAUGGACAGAAGUCAGAGAAAAUGGUGGAAAGGUGGAAAGUUACACUAGUACCUAUAGAAGUGUACCGGUUGUCGAAACACCUUAAUCUGACAUACACUGAUAUCAGUAACUGUGAAUGCACAUUCUUAUGUAAAACAAAACCAAAAAGUUCACACUAACCUUGCUACUGAAUACUGGAUCAACUGACGUAAUAGAAUUGUUUUCCUCAUGC